CGUUUUCCUUUGCUCUUUAUACUACUAUUAUGAAGCCUUCGACGUAUAAAGUCUCCUUUUUUUUUCUUAAAAUUAGAUUUAAUUCCUAAACGGCUCUGCUUCCGCAAAGCUUCAACGCUGCCCGCAGCGGCUGGUGGUAAUGCCACUUCCAACAUCCCCCGCGGGGGUCUUUCCAAUAUAUUUACUUCCAAGUGUACCCUUCAGGCGCAAAUCAAACAAAUACUUCGACGCUACGCUUCCGUCGCUGCAGGAUACAGUUUCCACGUCGUCGCAAGCCUCCUCUCCAACUGGCUACCUCUCGGGCUCCACCUCGUAUCUUCGCUGCACGCGCUGUCUCGCCCAUCUCUGUCCCACAAGCUCCAUAAUCUCGAAGGGCUUUCAGGGUCGUCAUGGCCGUGCUUACCUCGUACGCCCACCAAGCCAUAGUCUCGGCACCAUGACUCCACCAGCAGAGAGUGGAAUCGCGCCGCGACACCAUCAGGCAGGCAAUCUGCCCAAUACGCACAUACACAAGCCAACUCCGCGGAUGCUGGUCACCGGUGCGCACACAGUCAGUGACAUCAGUUGCGUUCGAUGCGGUACUGUUCUUGGGUGGAAGUACGUUGACGCUGAAGAGGAAGGUCAAAAGUAUAAGGUAGGCAUGUUCAUUUUGGAGACGCAAAGGGUCAAUCGAAGCGUGGAUUGGGAGAACGGUGACUUUGAGAUGGCGAUAGAAAACACCCAUGUCCCGAGCAAGGCGAACGAUGGCCGCAAGGAUAGCGGUGUAAGCUUUGUGGACGAUGAUCAAGAAGAUGCUGAAUUUGACUCGGAAGAUGAGGACGAGUGCGAAGAUCUGUUCAUGGGCAUCUGGUCGCCUGCUCUUGCGAAAAAGAGGAGGAGAGCAAAAGCGUGGAAGGAUGAGAGAGAUAUCGUAUGAAGUUUAAUUAUGUUGCAUUUUGGGACGAGGAUGAUAAUCAUUAGCAAUUCUCAAAGACGUAUGCGCAACAUUAGGGAUACGGAGUUUGGGCUUAGUUCUUUGGAAAUAACUUUUGGCAUCGGACCGCGACAACAAGAUUGAUGAUACGACAAUUGGAGGAUGAUACCCAAGGACAUAUAUGCAGCUUUUAACCUAUAUAUACGUAGUAAUGUUUUAAGCAAUAAUUCAUGCGAA